GGUCAUGGCUGAUCCUGGGAACAGAGGAGGGAUCUACCGCCCUUUGAGCCUCACCUGCUCCCUGCUCAUUGUUGGAAUGUGCUGUGUGUCUCCUUUCCUCUGUCAUAGCCAGACAGACCUAUUGGCUCUUAACCAAGCCGAUCCCCAGUGCUGGGAGUCUUCUUCAGUGCUCCUCCUGGAAAUGCGGAAGCCUCGAAUUUCCAACAGUGUUUCAGGUUUCUGGGAUUUUAUGAUCUACCUGAAGUCAUCUGAGAACUUGAAGCAUGGGGCACUGUUUUGGGAUCUGGCCCAACUCUUCUGGGACAUAUAUGUGGACUGUGUCCUCUCCAGGAACCAUGGCUUAGGAAGGAGGCAAUUGGCUGGAGAGGAGGAGAAGAUCUCAGCAGUGCAUCUACAACACACAGGCAGAAAACAAGGUGCAUAUUCUCAGCAACUAAGAAUCCCUUUCCUGAAGAAGAAAGAAUUGAUUGAAGAUUUGCUAAUGAUGCAUGUGCGCAGGAGUGGGCCUAAGUUUGCUGGAAAAGUGACCAGUGGCCUGGAAAUAAAGAGAAAAUAAACCUAACCUCAGAGCUAACUCACAUCUUGGAAUUAAA